AUGAGUCCAACUUUUGCUUCAUUAACAACAAUAACAUCAUCGAAUACGAACAUUGAUGCAAUAACACAAAAGAAAAAUCCAAAUUUUAAUAGAAACUCAUCUUAUCCAACAACCAAUUCUCUCAUCAAUACAAAUCAAGAUCAUGGGUCAAUGAGAAAAUAUUUAUCAGCCAGUGCAAUUAAUGAUCCUCAUGUUUAUCCAUAUAAAUUGAAAAAUUCAAAUAAGUCACCAUCUAUUGAACAAUAUCAUCAUCGUUCUACGACAUUACCAUCAUUAACUGAUAAUAUUAUUCAAUCAUCAAAAAAUGUUCCAUUUUUUCAUCGUCUAAAACAGCGUGUGUCAAAUUUAUUGAAACAUGUCGUCUCAAAUACACAGAAUCAACAGUUUUCAAGACAAAAUCCAAAUGAAGCAAAGAUGGCUACUGUUAUUGAAACAGUUAAUGAUGAUGAUGUUGACGGUUAUCAAAAUAUGACAUAUUUUGAUUAUGAUGACGAAUUGGAUAUAACAGAAGAAAAUGAAUUAAUGUUAACAAAUCGUCUUUUGGAUGUUUUACGUGAAAGUAAACUGAAACAUUUGAAUUGUGGUGAUCUAUUUGUGCCAUGUAAUCAUAUCAAAAAUAUUUCCAAACAAAUGUUAAUGAUGGCUGCUGAAGAGCCGUUUGGUAUACACGGUGCAAAGAUCAAUAUCAAACUGUUGAGUAAACAACGAGACGAAGAAGAAAAACUGGUACAGACAAUAAAAGUUGAUGCGACGAAACAGUCCACAUUUGAGAUUGAAAUACAGUUGCAUGAAGAUCAAAAGAUAUUCAGUUUACGACGUUUCUUAUCAUUGAUGACUAAAUCGAAGAUGAAAUUGAUUGAACAAUUAAAAAACAGGAGUCCAAUUUACAUUAGUCCAAAUUGUAAACUAAUUAAGACACGUUAUUAUUGUCAUGAAAAACCAAAAGUGGCCUAUGUAAAAAGUUGA